AUGUCGGAACGCAAAGACGUCGAGGUUUUGAACGACGCCCACAAGGAGGCCCCUCUGGGCAUCGACGAAGAUGAGCUCCAGGACCUCAAGGCUGAUCGUGAGUUGAGUGAGGCUGCCAUGAACUCGGAGCUGCAGCAGCUGGAAGAACAAUUCCAGACCCUGCCCACGAAACGCUUCCAGAUCACCUUCGCCGACCCGGCCUACUACACGUGGGUGCUGGUCGGGUUUGCUUCCAUGGGUGGUCUGCUGUCGGGUUUGGAUCAGUCGCUGAUCAGCGGUGCCAAUCUGUCGCUGCCCAGUGCCCUCAACCUCAGUGACAACCAGGCCAGUUUGGUCAAUGGCGGCAUGCCCUUGGGUGCCGUGGCGGGUGCGUUGAUCCUGUCGCCUUGCAACGAGUACCUGGGUCGUCGCAUGUCCAUUAUCGUGUCUUGUAUCCUGUAUACCGUCGGUGCCGCCCUGGAGGCAGGUGCGAUGAACUUCGGUAUGAUGUUCGCGGGGCGUUUCAUUCUGGGCACCGGUGUUGGGUUGGAGGGUGGUACGGUGCCCGUCUAUGUCGCCGAGUCUGUGCCCAGCAGAAUCCGCGGUAACCUCGUGUCCCUUUACCAGCUCAAUAUCGCCUUCGGCGAAGUCCUCGGCUAUGCCGUGGCCGCCAUCUUCAUCGGCGUCGAAGGUAAUUGGCGCUACAUCCUGGGCUCCUCUCUCGUCUUUUCCACCAUCCUCCUCGUGGGCAUGUUCUUCCUCCCCGAGAGCCCCCGUUACCUGAUGCUGAAGGGCCGCGAAAUCGAAGCCUACGCCGUCUGGAAGCGCAUCCGCGGCUUCAACGACUACGACUCCAAGGAUGAGUUCCUGGGCAUGCGCCAGGCUGUCAGCGCCGAGCGCGAAGAGCAGGCCCAGACCAAGAAGUUCGCCUGGAUGGACUUCUUCACGAACCCGCGCGCUCGCCGCGCCCUGGUCUACGCCAACAUCAUGAUCUUCCUCGGCCAGUUCACCGGCGUCAACGCCGUCAUGUACUACAUGUCCACCCUGAUGCAGGCCAUCGGCUUCGACAACAAGACCUCCGUCUUCAUGUCCCUCGUCGGCGGCGGCUCGCUCAUGCUCGGCACCAUCCCCGCGGUCAUCUACAUGGAGCGCUUCGGCCGCCGCUACUGGGCCAACGUCAUGCUCCCCGGUUUCUUCGUCGGGUUGAUCCUCGUCGGUGUCGGCUACACCAUCGACUACCAGACGCGGCCGGCUGCCGCCGAAGGCUUGUACCUGACCGGCAUCAUCAUCUACAUGGGGUUCAUGGGCUCCUACGCCUGUCUGACCUGGGUGAUUCCCUCCGAGGUCUUCCCCACGUACCUCCGCCACUACGGGAUGACCACGGCCGACGCGAACUUGUUCCUGUGCUCGUUCAUCGUCACGUACAACUUCACCCGCAUGAUGAACUCGAUGACGCGCAUUGGCCUGACGCUCGGCUUCUACGGUGGCAUUGCGGUGCUGGGCUGGUUCUACCAGGUGAUCUUCAUGCCGGAGACGAAGAACAAGUCUCUCGAGGAGAUUGAUGAACUCUUCUCGAAACCGACCUCGGUCAUUGUGAAGAAGAACAUCAAGCAGACUGCGCAGAUUGCCCGGGACCUGGCGCAUUUCCGUUUGCGCAAGGUCUUCUCGCCGGAGCCUUUGAACGUCUAG